GUUGAAAUCCAGAAUUAACUUUUCUUAAAAAAGAAACAAGAAAAUCAAAUCCAAGGAUAAGGAUUGGUUAGGAGAAAAAUAUCAAUUCAAUAAGGAGGAGGAAUAGAGAGCUAAAGAAAAAAAAAAGACUAGAUUUCUACGAGGACGUUGGUUCUUUAGUCGUCGUCGGUCGUCGAAGAAAGAUUUUCUCCUUUCUUUCUUCGCCGUACGAUCGUCGUCUAAUGGGAGAAUCAUCAAAUCCAAUGGCUACAAGUUCUUCUUCCCCCUCCUCCUCAAUUCCUCCUUCAUCUCCAUCACCUUCUCCGACGACCACAACCACGCCGCCACGUCAGCACCUUCUCCUCCAACCACCAUCUUCAAAAAAGAAGAAAAACAGAACAAACGUUUUCAGAGUUUUACGCACCGUGUUUCGCUCUUUCCCAAUCUUUACAACACCAUCCGUAGCAUGCAAAAUCCCGGUUAUACAUCCCGGUUUAGGCUUACCGGAUCCACAUCACAACACGUCAAGAAUCACCGGAACAUUGUUUGGAUACCGUAAAGGCCGAGUAAGUCUUUCGAUUCAAGAAAGCCCUAAAUGUUUACCUUCUUUAGUCGUAGAGCUCGCCAUGCAAACCACAACCCUUCAAAAAGAGCUAAGCACGGGAAUGGUGAGAAUAGCUCUCGAGACUGAGAAACAGCCUCGAGCAGAUAAUAAUAACAAUACAACCGAAAAGAAGACGGAUAUUUUGGAAGAACCGUUAUGGACAAUGUAUUGUAAAGGAGAGAAAACGGGUUACGGUGUGAAACGAGAAGCGACCGAAGAAGAUCUUAACGUGAUGGAGUUGUUACGUCCGGUUUCUAUGGGAGCCGGAGUUUUGCCGGGAAACUCGGAGUCGGAAGGACCCGACGGCGAAAUGGCGUAUAUGAGAGCUUAUUUUGAGAGAGUUAUUGGGUCUAAAGAUUCAGAGACUUUUUAUAUGUUGAGUCCUGAAGGGAAUAAUGGACCCGAACUUAGCUUUUUCUUUGUGAGAGUUUGAAUAUUUUCUUGUGGUUUAAAUUUAUUUAACGUGCAUGUAAAUGACCCGGAAACGGAGGUGGUCGACGUUAUGUAUUAUUUUUUUAGGAUAAUUAUAAGCAUAUUUUGUUGUUCUUUAAAA